AUGACAGUACCCUCCUUAGCUGACAGAGCCCGACAACCAGCCUCUCACCGUGUGUUUAUACGUGUGCUUCAUGUAACCAGAUCCACUUUCAGUUCUUUUCGACAUGUCUGCAAGGUUACCAUAAGUAAUUGGUAUUGGAAAAUAAUGGAGAAUGUAGCUUCAAAGCGUCGUUCAAACUCUGUAGCCAGAGAUUCAGAAGCAAAAGAAGAUAUAAUGCACUCAAAGCUUUCUCAAAUGUUAUACUGUACAAGAUGGUACUUUGAUUGGUACAGCAAUGGUCACUUGUUUUGGUGCUUGGGAUAUUCUCUGUGUAGUCACUGCGUGGUCAUUUCUCUAACUUCUAUAUUCCAUCUUCUACACUCUCAUCUACUUUUUUAUGCAAUGGCAGUCAUUUUCUGCGUUUCUUCCAUUUUGCGUGUGAGUUUAUAUUUGUGUUCUCGCACACAUGGUAUGUCUCAGAAACUAAUCAUAACUACGGUGACUUUCGUAUUGCAUCUUAGUUAUCUGUGGUAUUUACAUUAUGGUUUUCACGCUGUUGUUGAAGGUAUUAGAGAGAUUAGUGAAAUACUUGGUGACGAAGGACAAAUUGGAGUUUCAUCCGCAUAUAAGUUAAAAUAUUAA